UGCAUACUAAAGACCAUGGUAUAGUAGCAGUAGCAGCAAGGUUUAAUGUUUAAUGGACUACUACCACAGCACAAGCCAGCCAGCCAGCCAGCCAGCCAGCCAGCCAACCAAGCGAGACUGGAAGUUCAUUGUGCUGAGGCCCGGGUCUGAUCGCAUGGGUGCAUGAGUGCGUGCCCUUCGCUCUUGCAGCCACGCGACUUCUUUUGUUCUCAUGUGUGCAUGGGGGUUGGUAUAGAGCACAUACUUUGGGAGCGGGGUGCUUAUUUACCAGGUUGGCUCUUGUGCUAAGUACUAGCAUUAUAUUCUCUCUCUCUCUCUAUCUCUCUCUCUUUCUCUCUGGCUCACUCUGUACCACAACUUGUUUCAGGGGGGUGCAGCAGCAUCAAUUCAAGUGAUUCUAUCCUCUUUUUUCUCUACUUCCACGCGUUGGCGAGACUUUUGUUUGAAGUGUAGCUGCGGUAGAAGAAUUGUUCAUGAAAGAGCUAUCAAAAGUCCCACGUGCCCUCGCGUGCCGGCCGAAUCAAUUGUCUUGACUGGCAGAACUCAGCCAAGCUACCAUCAUCCUUCUAUUCUUCUUCUCAUUGGGAUAGUCUGGCUGGAGUAGAUGAAGGAAAACAACUUUGGCUUUCAGGGACUGUGAGCAGUCAGCCAGUGCAAGUCUGAACUUCAUACAGUCAACAUCUCUAUAAGUCUACCAGGAGUACAACUUUAGAGCUCAAAAGGCUACAUGUUAUUCUGAACAGCCAAACUUUGUUAUAAAACAGCCACAAACAUCCUGCCUAUUUGUUGGUGAAUGCAUGCUGUGACUUCAUCCUGAAGUGAAUCCAGUGCAUUGUUUGUAUUUUGGCUUCAUUCAUCCCCUAAUAAGCCAUCUCCAGCCAAGUUAGCAGGAUUUAGGAUCAACAUUUGGACAAUCAUAACACUUGUCUUCCUUCCACCUCCUUCAGUACGGUUUGAAAACGUCAGCUAAGGAGGUUGUAGCACGAUCUUCUCUCUCUCUCAUCAAAUCUUGAAUGAGAUGCCAAUCAGGUGUAGUCUUACGCCAGAGGAAUUCCACGCCUAAAGUUACACUCCGUUGAAGAGCAUAUCCAGAGUUACAUUAUCCGCAUCCAAGCUGACUCUUCUCACUCGUAAACAACAAGUCUGAUUGAAGAUGGAGAUGCUAUGUCAGGCAUUGAGAAGGACUAUGAUGAUGAUGCUGAUGUUCAUGGUCUUACUCCUGAGCUGUUUUCUGUUGGAGGCUGACUUUGUCCAGGCCUGUACCUGCUUGCCUAAACAUCCUCAGCAGCAUUACUGUGACUCAGAUUAUGCAAUCCGAGUCAAAAUCUUCAAGCAAAAGCUGAAGCUGCCUAAUGGACAACGGUAUGAGAUAAACGACCCUGAGAUACCUGACCUACCCAUCGAAGUACUCAGCCAGUCACACAGGGAAUGGUCUGGGGUGAUUCAGAAAGUCUACAAGGGGUUUGAAAAACUAAAACACACCACGACCGUUAAUAUCUAUUCACCUUUCUACGAUUCAAUGUGUGGAGUAGGAACACUGAUGAAUGAUGAAAGCUAUGUUAUCAUGGGUACAUUUGGCCAUGGAGGACUUAACUUUGAUUUCUGUGAUUGGCAUCAUUCAUGGAAAACGGUCACAUCAAAGCAGAGGAGAGGUCUCAAAUACUGGUAUGCUGAAAACUGCAGUUGUCAGAUUGAUACAUGUGGAUUGCGGCAUCCAUGCGGGGAGGCACAACCAGAGGCUUCACCUACAGGGUGUGAGUGGGACGCGUGGCACAGUAGAUGCACCAAUCAGCACACAGCGUGCGUGAUGACGGCACAGGGCUGCCAAUGGCACCAAUCAAAGGACUUGAAGCAAUGUUUGAAAGCACCCUGAUAUGGAUCUAGAGAUUGAACACAGCACUUCAAGAUAAAGUUUUGCCUUUAAUAACAUCUUGACUGCCACUCACAGUGCAGCUUGCUAAGCUCCUUGUGCAACUAUGAACACUUUGUGGUGCAAGGUUUCACUGGUAGCACUGAAAGUGUUAAAGGGUGCUAGUUUGCACCCACAGCACCAACAAUAUCAAGCAGUGAAGUUUUUCAACGAGAGCACUGAAAGUGUCAAAGGGUGCAAGUUUGUUUUGCCACUAGCACUGUAAGCGUUAAGAGUGACCUUUUUGCAGGAUGUUGGCAAAAAUAGAAGAACAAAUGAAAUGAAAAAUUGAGUAUUUUCCCCCAAAUCAGUAUUGGCUCAAAGCAGUGCAUUUUUAUAUUCAAUCAUUUUAGGCUACACAACACCAUUCCAAUAGAAUCCUUUAUGUUUAUUUACUUUUAUAUGACAGAAAGUGAUUUCUUGACCCAAAUUUCUGUUUAAAUUAAUAAUAUCUCACUUAAAGAAGUCACCAGUCAGUCCCGAUAAUGCAUUACAAAUGUAGCAUUUAUAAACAUAAAAUAAUAAUGAAGAAUAAGACUGUAAUUCCAAUAUUUGUUUAAGUUUCAGAUUUAAGAAUUACAAGUACUUGAAAUCAAAAUCAGCAUUAUAAAUGACUAUAUCCACCACUGUAUCUUAUUUUGAAGGUAGCAAUAUUUGCUACAAAUAAUUAUAAUCAUAUGCAUGAAUGGUCAAGAUUUGAAUUUAGAUAUGUUUGAAAAUAUAUGAAAAUGUGAACAUGCCUUGAUUGAAUCUUUAAAUUUUGUAUAAAAAUUUGUACAUAAGAAAUGCAAAAAAUAUGUUAUGUGCUUGUCUUUUUAUAUAUACACGUAUAAUGUAAAAUGUUUGUUUAAAAUGCUGUCUAUAUGUCUAUAAACUUUCUCCAUCCAUUUCAGCUCUUUUUCUUAUGAAAUCUUUGCUCAUCUAUCAUAUGUUUUCCAUAUAAAAUAUGUUAAUAGCACUUGUUCUGAAUAAUCUUUAUUCAACUAAAUUGAAAAAUACUUUCAGUUCAUUAUAUCAGGAUUUUCACAACAAAAGGCUUUUUAUUUCUGUCCCUGAUUGCAUUCUUUGAAUGUAAAACUGGAUUUUUAGGGGACUGAAACAAGAAUCAACAGUAAUAUCACUUACGAGACAGAACUAAGAAUAGUCUGUUUAAUAGUCAAAUAAUCUUCUUCAUGUUUCUUUCAUUUCUGAUUCUUCUCAUUUUUAAUGUUACCUUGUGCAAUGUGCUAAAUAUUGUAUCAUCAUUAUUUUGCAGUGUUAUGUUUGUUGUAUUUUACUUGAUGAAUGUCUAUGUUUAUGAAUAAAUGAAUGAAAGAA